AUGACACUAACGGAGCCUAAAGCGUUCCUCCCACGCUCCUCCAGCCCACUCCUCUCCUUAUUUGAGGCGCUCCUCCGCUCCAGCCCUCAGAGCAGCAGGCGCCCAGUCAGCGCAGCUCUCUCCUGCCACCGCGAAGGGGACGGGACGGGAGUUGGUGCUUUUCCACACUUUGUUGGGAUUUACCCUCAUCGAGCCAAGAUGAGACUUAUUUUUGUUCUCGCUGCGGUUGCGGCUCUGUUGACAGAAAAUCUAGCGUUUCCAGUGGGAAAAGAAGGACAGAGAGAAGACGUGAUAACUAGAUGUUUGGUUGAAGUCCUGUCCAAAGCUCUCUCCAAACCGGACUCCCAGCUGGAUCAGGAAUGCAAAGACAUUCUCCAAGCAGGGGUUAAACAUGCCCCACUGGACAAGAAAAGUGGAGAGGGCAUAGCAACUCAUGAAGAGAUGGUCAAAGGUCAUCCUGGAACUACUGAAGCAAAGGCAACAGAUGUGAAAGACAUUGAGGCUCUCCUGAAAUCCGUCGAGGAGAAGAGAGAAAAUCCAGAGGACGAGCGCAGCCAAGAAUCCUGGAGUCUGGAUGACGAGAGGGAGAAGAGACACGAGAACGAAGAGGAAGAAGAGCGAGAUAAGAGGAGCAGCUGGAGGCCUGGACGAUACCACCAGAAGAAACACAAACGGGGUGAAGAAGAGGACAAUGAGCGCAGCCAGGAGAGUUGGGGGUUAGAAGAAAAGAGAUCAGAAGAAGAAGAAGAAGAAGGUGAAGAUAGAGAGAAGAGGAACUGGAGGCCUGGAAGAUACCACCAAAGAAAACACAAGCGAGAUGAGGAAGGAGAAGAGAGGGACGAGCCAGAGGAAGAACGUAGCCAAGAGGCCUGGGAUGUAGACAAAAGGCAUGGGAAUGAGGGUGAGGAGAGAUACAAGCGCAUAUGGAAACCCACACAUCGCUACCACCACAAGAAAAAGCUCCACAAACGUGGUGAUGAGCCAUCCGAGGAGGAGGAAGCUGAGGAUCGCAGCCAGGAAUCUUGGGGUCUUGACGACGAAAGAGACAAGAGGGACUGGAGGCCAGGCAGGUACCACCAGAGGAGACAUAAGCGUGAUGAAGAGCUCUCAGAAGAAGCCAGGGAAGAGCCCGAUGAAGAACGCAGCCAGGAGUCCUGGGACUUUGACAGUGGAAGAGAAAAGAGGGACUGGAGGCCUGGCAGGUACCACCAGAGGAGACAUAAGCGUGAUGAGGAGCUCUCUGAAGAAGGCAGAGAAGAGCCCGAUGAAGAACGCAGCCAGGAGUCCUGGGACUUUGACAGUGGAAGAGAAAAGAGGGACUGGAGGCCUGGCAGGUACCACCAGAGGAGACAUAAGCGUGAUGAGGAGCUCUCCGAAGAAGGCAGGGAAGAGCCGGAUGAAGAACGCAGCCAGGAGUCCUGGGACUUUGACACUGGACGAGAAAAGAGGGACUGGAGACCCGGCAGGUACCACCAGAGGAGACACAAGCGGGAUGAGGAGCUCUCAGAAGAAAAGCAAGAAGAGGCAGACGGGGAUCGCAGUCAGGAGUACUGGGGCUUUGACAAAAGACACGGAAAAGAAGAGGGAGAAAUAGAAAAGCGUAUAUGGAAACCAACACACCGAUACCACCAUAAAAAGAAACUACACAAGCGUGGCGGAGGCUCAUCAGAAGAAGAGGAAGAACAGAAGGGUGAUUCAGAGGAAUAUGAGGACACUGCAAAGGACAGGGACGAAGCUCUUAGGUAUCUGGCAGAGAAGCGCAAUCCCUGGAUUUUCAGAGGCUACUACCAUCCUGCCUGGUUUAAAAGGGAUUCAGAUGAACACGCUGCAACCUCAGACAAGAUGGAUGAAGUGGCCAAGUUGCUGAGCUAUAAGAUAAACCAGCUGGCCAACCAUUCUAAUCAAGACGAGGCAAAGAGAAGCACGCACCAGAGAGCACUCACCCCGCAGGAGGAGAAGGAGCUGGAAAACCUUGCGGCGAUGGACAUGGAGUUGCAGAAAAUCGCUGCCAAGUUGCAUGACAAAAGUGCAUAAGCUAUGACAGCAUUUCAAGACUAUCUAUCAGCCAUCAGUGGAUUAAAGCUGCUGUCUUACCUCUCUCAUGUCUGCCAAUUUAGUGUGCUUUCAGUGUUACAAAAAAACAAAAAAUAAGACAUAAAAAAACCCUGAAGCCUUGCCAAAAACAAAUAUCAACUUGUUUAUCAUUGUAUCGGUGAUAUUUUGAUGUUACCAAAUUAAUCAGCAUGGGAAUGGUUUUAAUGUUUAUACAUAUAAAGAGAAAAUACUGAAAUAAUAUCUGAGACAGAUUAUUAAAAUAAAUGUGUUCUUGAGUUUGUUCAGUCUGCACUCAAUAAAAGGAGUUAUUCUGGGACCAAACAAAUAUCUCUUAAAUUAUUUCUUGAUGGGGAAAAAAACUGUGUUCACACAUCAGCCUCUUUAGUACUGCUUUUUAAUUCUGUGCAGAUACAGAAGUAGCCCACAGUGAAACUUCACAAGCAAAUGAAUCAUAUGACAAAUGGCACUUUCUGCAGGGAUAACAAGAUAAAAAAAAAAAA